GGGCCGGCGAGGAGUUGAUGAGGGGCGGCGCCUGGCUAGCUGGGAUCGCCCAGAAGGAAGCGCCGCGGAUUCUUGGAGGCGGCGCACACCCCUGAUUUAAAUAGCCGCUCCCGCCGCCUCCCCUUCAUUUUCGACCGACCCGUUGCACGACCUGGUUCUUCGUGCAGCUAUGCAAAGGGUAGCUGUAGUCACCGGCGCCACCAGUGGGAUUGGUUCUGCGCUGUGUGAACGUCUGCUCCAGGAAGAUGACAACAUCCAUAUUUGUUUAGCCUGCAGAAACAUGGACAAAGCCAAUGCCACCCGUGACAACUUAUUAUCUUCCUUCCCCCGUGCACAUAUCAGCAUUCUUAAAAUAGAUGUGGGCAGGCUGGAAUCUGUCCUCCACGCAGCUCAAGAAAUAAAGAUGAGAUUUCAGAGAUUGGAUUAUCUCUUCUUGAAUGCUGGGAUCAUGGUCAAUCCACGUAUUAGUUUCUGGGCAUUUUUACGUGGCCUCUUCUCCAGCAACGUAUUUCGAAUGCUCACCACAGCGGAGGGACUGAUGACCCAGCAGGACAGGGUCAAUCCAGAUGGCCUGCAGGAAGUCUUUGCAACCAAUUUCUUCGGACAUUUUGUAUUGAUCCGUCAGCUGGAGCCUCUGCUCUGCUGCCUUGAAAAUCCUUCCCAGCUCAUCUGGACUUCUUCAAUCAGCGCCCAUAAGUCUAACUUCAGCCUUGAGGACAUCCAACACAAGCAGGGCAAAGAGUCCUACAGUUCCUCUAAAUACUGCACUGACCUUACAAGUGUGGCUUUAAACAAGCAUUUCAACAAGCAGGGCUUAUUUUCAAGUGUCAUGUGCCCAGGUGUUGUAAUGACCAAUAUGACAUAUGAAAUGUUGUCCCCUUUUUUCUGGAAGCUGCUUUUCCCUUUAUUAUGGCUGCUACGCCUGUUCACCCCUACGUACACUCUGACACCGUACAAUGGAGCAGAAGCACAGAUUUGGUUGUUUAAGCAGAAGCCAGAGUUGCUGGAUCCCCUGGUGAAAUAUCACAGCUGUACUAACAUUUGGGGGAAGAAUUAUAGUGACAGCCGCAAGAUGGAUGUUAAUGAAGACAUGGCAGAAAAACUGUACAAGAACCUGUUGGAAUUAGAAAAGGAGGUUUUAGGGAGCAACGAUCACCCAGAUAAAAAAUAGCAAGAGGGAAAUUUUCCUUUACAGGAAAAUAUUUCUUCCAAUUGGAAAACUCUUUAUUAUUAUUGUUUGCCUUUGCAAACCAGAUUUUCCUAGUGGAUUGCUGUGGAGGAUUGUAUGACUAGAGUGUGGACAGCCACUUGUCUGAAAUGGUAUAGGGUGUCCUGCUUGAACAGGUGGUUGGACCAGAAGACCUCCAAGGUCCUUUCCAACUCUAUUUGUCAACUCUCAAGACAAUUUUAGCUGAAGCCAUAUUCUCUUUUUCUUCGUUCUUAGUUGCCAUACAUAUGGUGUGGGGAGGGGGACCAAUGUAGUGUGAAAUGUUUUCUAGUGUGCCAGACAUAACGGUGAUAGGCUCAUGGGAACCAAGGUCAUCUCAGUGAACGCUCGUAACAGCCAGAGGGAGCAACUGAGCAGCCUGCCGCUUACCUGUUUGGUCAAAAUGAUCUAUGACACAGCGGGGUGGGGAGUAGCUAUUUUUAAUUCUACCAAACCACUGGAAAUAUUAGAGUUGUAUUCAUACCUGAAGG